AUGACGGUGAGCUACAAUCAAUCGGUGGCCACUUCCCGUCCGUGGACCUUCCUCGCGCUAAUCUUCCGAUGGCGCGGCUCCGUUUGGAAGGCCGUCUGGAUACAGUACUCCGUGUGGCUGGUACUGUACUCACUCGCCUCGCUCCUCUAUCGAUUCGUAUUGUCCGAUUGGCAGAGGGAGGUUUUCGUGAAACUCGUGGAUUACACCAACGCACGACUUUCCUACGUGCCGCUCGAUUGGAUCCUCGGCUUUUUCAUUGCCGCAGUGCUCAGAAGGUUCUGGUAUUUGUACGAAAUUAUCGGAUUCAUUGACAAGUCAGUUUGAGAACUAUGCUUCUAGUACCAUAUUUUUGCAUUUGACACCUUUUUUGUACGACCUCCGGGAAGCUAGACGUCUUUUUAGAUACCUUGAACUAGUUUUAACUUCCCGGAGCUACAGUACUUCAGGGAGAGAUUGUACAAAAACGAUGUCAACUGUAAAAGUGUAGUACGGACUAGGGACUAUAUUUUUGUAGUUGAAAACUUUUUGAAAAAAUCAUCCCUAAGUCUACUAUAGUUCUCUUUGAAGUUGGAGGCUAAUUUCGACGCAGCUAUUUUACUGGCGGCUUCGAAGAGUUACAGGACUUCAGGGAGUGCUCGUAUAAAAAAGUGCUAAACUAUAAAAGUGUAGUACUAGAUGCCAAGAUUCCACAAAACAAUUUCUAGCGCCCCCGGACAUCUCCUAGCCCUACAAUAUUCGUUUCAGCAUCGCUUGCUCUGCAGCCACGUACAUCCGCGGCGAUUCGGACCGCGCGCGUCAGUACCGCCGCAACAUCAUCCGAUACUGCGAACUGACCCAGGUGCUCAUCUUCCGUGACCUCUCGAUGAAGGCCCGAAAACGGUUUCCGACGCUGGACACGGUCGCCGCGGCGGGCUUCAUGAUGCCGCACGAGAAGGCGAAUUUCGACCAGAUCCAGUACAACUACAACAAGUAUUUUCUGCCGUUCAACUGGAGUUGGGCACUUGUGUACAACGCGCGAAAAGAGGGUCUGAUCGAGAGCGACUACUAUGUGACGGUCAUUUCGGAGGACAUCCGCAAGUUCCGCACCGGUCUCGCGUGGGUUUGCAACUACGAUUGGGUGCCCCUGCCCAUCAUUUAUCCCACUAUUGUCUGUUUGGCUGUGCACAUGUGAGUUUUUUUUCAGACUUGCCAAAUCCCGGGCCAGCAAAUCGUCGGCCCGGCCCGGCCCGGUCGGCCCGGAAGUUAGACCUCAAAAAAAAUAUGCAAAAAAAACAUGAAGGAAGAGGAAAACGCGUGCGGCAAAAUUGCUAAAAUGGCGUGCCAGAGUUGCAAUCAAUCGCUCCGCCCACUCUUGAGAAAAUUUUCGUAAUUUUUGUGAAAAUUUUGCGACUUUAAACAGCAAUUUCUAUUUUGUGCAUCCUCCCGGGCCGGGCCGGAAAAUUUCCAAUUUUGGCCCGGCUCGUUGCAAGUCUGUUUUUUUUUUUUUGGGAAACCAAGCGGUUGCAAACCUUCAGGUACUUCUUCGUUUGCGUGAUGGCCCGUCAGUACGUGCAAGGAUCCGAGACGGAUCCGAAUAUGAUCGAUCUGAUGUUCCCGUUCAUGACGAGCAUCCAGUUCGUGCUCUACAUGGGAUGGCUCAAAGUCGGCGAAGGUCUUCUGAAUCCGUGGGGCGAAGACGACGACGACUUCGAGACGAACAUGCUCAUCGACCGGAAUCUCGCGGUAAUCGUUUUUGUUUUGACAAAACACAAACGAAACACGGUUCUCGUCAGAUGGGCCUGAAAAUCGUGGACGAGGGGUACGGAAAGACGCCGAGACUCGAGAAGGACGCGUUCUGGGACGACGCGUGGGUGCCGUUGUACUCGGAAGCGAGUGCUCACGAGAAGAGAUACCAGCAGAGACAGGGAUCCCUCGCGCACAUCAAGUGAGCGAAUGAACUUUGAAUUUUCACAGGUUUUACUCAAAAUUUCACGGCCAAAGCAAUGAAAUUCUGGAGAAAUGCCAAAGUUUUCAAUGUUUUGUCUCAAUUUGACGCUGUCAAAUCACACAGACUUGUCAGCAACCUACGAUCCGUCAAUUUUCAGACUGAAUCGCUCAGUGUCGCAAGUGAGAAUGGUGCCGCGAGACGGCCGCAGAGCCAGUGUUCUCAAGGAACGCAUUGUCGAUGUGAAGCCGUGAGUUUUAGGGAAAAAGUUGGAGGGAACGCGCAUUUUUCAAAUUUUUAGCGAAGAAACGAUCGAAUCGCGGAGCAACGGCGGAAUCGGAGACCUGUUCCGUCCCUCUUCUCUUCUGAAUAUGAUGAGGAACUCGUCGUCGGCGCGCAGUUUGGAACGCCACAAUCAACAGAGUCCGGGCAGUUUCCGAAUGGAUCAGCUGGCUGCGCCCGAGUCCGCCCCCACCUCGCCGAUCAAUUAUAAUAAUAAAACCGAAUAA